AUGUUUCAAAAGAAGAAGAUUGUCACGCUGCUUCUUCUGGUGUAUUUUUUGUCGUGCAGAUUGGAAAAGUCGACCGACAGAUCGAGAUUUGCUUCUACGAAAAACAACAACAAGCGAAGAUUCUGCUCGCCAAUCCGUCUGUACGCAAACCAUUGUGCUACAUUUCAGCUUAACAUCUCAGGUACUGAUAUUCUUUUGUCCGGCGAUGUCGAAUCGAAUCCUGGACCGUCCUCGUGUUCCCUGUGUCCGAAAACGGUUCGCAAAAACAGCAAACUCGUCAGCUGCUGUCGAUGCCAACAGAAGACUCAUCUCCGUUGUGUCGAUCCUAAAAGAAAAUCUACAAUAACCGACUGGUUGUGUCCGAACUGCUUGCCUUUCAUCCUACCAUUUUGCAACGUCCGAGAACUAUCCCAAAUCGAGCAAGAAGUCGCUCAACAACAGCUCCAAGACCUUCAACUCGAACAACUCAACCAAAACAGAAACUUGUUUAGUAUCGCUCAUCUCAACACUCAGUCAAUGGUGUCUACAUUCGACGAAUUUGUGCUUUUUGUACACAAGUACGAUUUUGAUGCGAUAACCCUCACCGAAACCUGGCUAAAAGACAACCCUUUCCUACUCGAGUACGUAAAGAUCGAAGGUUACACAAUGUACUACCAUAAUCGAGAUAACAAGCGUGGUGGUGGUGUAGGCGUUUAUAUCAAGGAUAAUAUAAAGCAUAAAUUGCGCAAGGAUAUCGUCAAUAUCAAUCCAGCUCUCGAACAUUUAUGGGUUGAAAUCGAUGGGAAAAAUAAACACUCGAAGCUACUCCUUUGUGUCGCCUACCAGCCGAACUUCACACACCAAGAAAAAGCAGAAUGGCUCGACAACUUCGACCGCAUCAUUGGAAACGCUACUCUCGACUGGUCAGGAAAUGUGGUGAUAACAGGUGACUUCAAUAUUGAUCUUUUGCAGAACUCUCAAAUUAAAGACUCUUACCUCGAAACCCUUCGAUCGUUCGACCUCACUCAGCAUGUCAACUCUCCAUCACGAAAAGGAUUAUCCCUACUCGAUCACAUCUCGACCAACUCCUCCUGCAAAGUGAAAUUCUGUGAAGUUCUUCCAACACCAGAAAUCAGCGACCACGAUGCUGUAUUCGCUUGCAUCAAUACUCGUGUAGCCAGAUUUGAACCACGGUACAAGAUCAUUCGUGACAUGAGAAAUUUUGACCUGUCGGCGUAUGUUGCUGACACCGCAACCAUCCCUUUCAAUAUCGUUUAUGCAACUGAUUGUACCGAUGACAGCCUAAGCACACUCAACCAUCUACUCUUUGAGUGCAUCGAACGUCACGCACCGUUGAAGAGAAUCAAGGUCACCCGUCCUCCGGCACCCUGGAUGAAAGACUUAAAAAUCACCAACCUACAACAAACUUGUCACGAAAAGCGUACUUUAGCCCACCAGACUCAGUUGAAUGCCGACUGGAAUGAAUUUCGAAAUGCUCGAAACGCUCUAAAAAGACAGAUAAAAUACACCAAAAAGACUUUCUACCGCAGACUUCUUUCAUCGAAAAAGCCUAAAGAGGUUUGGAAACUAAUCCACCGAUUUCUCCAUCCAAAUAAAAACGUUAUAAACAUCCAACCCUCCGAACUAAACGCACAUUACAUAUCUACGGCACCCAGAAUCCUUGGAUCGCAACCGACAUCUAAAGAAGAAAUUCAACUCCUUCUUCAAGACCUCGUUACUGAAGCUGACCAAGAAUUCCAAUUUCGUCCUGUCACAUACGAUCAAGUGCUCAGAGAAAUUAGAAAUCUUCGAAGCGACUGUUCCGCUGGCUACGACAACCUCCCUGUAGCACUCAUCAAACCCAUUGCUGACCACAUCGCAUCCCCACUUACUCACAUCAUCAACUCAGGGAUAGCUGAAAACACCUUUCAUCAGCUGUAG